AGAAGAAGAAGAAGACGCUCACACGUGUAUCUAACAUGUCUGCCCACCGUGUUGUUGUGAGUUGAGGUGACAUGGACUGUGUUGAAGACUAGUUUGAUGUCGUUUUAUUUCAUAACCUCUACAGUAAAGAUACCGAGUUCAGCCUAGAAGAGACUGACAGCGUCAGGAUGGCCCAGAGAAAGAAGAAACUGACGAAGAAGAAGAGAUACACACCCAACAGAGAGCCGGAGCCGGACUCUGACGGCGGAGACUUUGAACUGGCUGCUGAAAUUAAGGACGAUGAUUCUCCAGGGAGGAAACUGCCGCGGUUCCCCACCUCUUCAGACUGCCUGUCAGAUGUGGAGCCUGACACCAGGCAGCUGGUCAGAGCCCAAAACAAGAAAAAAAAGAAGUCUGGAGGCUUUCAGUCCAUGGGUCUCAGUUACCCUGUAUAUAAAGGCGUCAUGAAGAAGGGUUACAAGGUCCCUACUCCGAUCCAAAGAAAGACUGUCCCAGUGAUUUUGGAUGGCAAAGAUAUAGUAGCCAUGGCUCGGACAGGCAGUGGUAAGACAGCUGCCUUCCUGGUGCCCAUGUUUGAGAAGUUGAAGGCCCGUCAAGCCCAAACAGGAGCCAGAGCCCUCAUCCUGACCCCCACUAGAGAGUUGGCCCUGCAGACUAUGAAGUUCACAAAAGAGUUGGGGAAAUUCACCGGCCUCAAGACCGCCUUGAUCCUUGGUGGAGACAGAAUGGAUGAUCAGUUUGCUGCUCUUCAUGAAAACCCUGACAUAAUCAUCGGCACCCCCGGUCGUCUCAUGCACGUUGUCAAGGAGAUGAACCUGAAGUUGCAAAAUGUGGAGUACGUGGUGUUUGAUGAGGCUGACAGGUUGUUUGAAAUGGGUUUUGCUGAGCAGCUUCAGGAGAUCAUCCGGAGACUUCCAGACACCAGACAGACUCUGCUGUUCUCUGCCACUCUGCCCAAACUGCUGGUGGAGUUUGCAAGAGCUGGGCUGACUGAACCAGUGUUGAUUCGUUUGGAUGUGGAUUCUAAGCUCAGUGACCAGAUUAAGCUGUCGUUUUUCUAUCUGCGGGUGGAUGACAAGUCAGCACUGCUGCUUCAUCUGCUGAGGAACGUAGUGAAGCCUCAGGAGCAGACGGUGGUUUUUGUAGCCACCAAACACCAUGUAGAGUACCUCAAGGAGCUGCUGACUUCAGAAGGUUUGGAGUGUGCCUACAUCUACAGCUCCCUUGAUCAGACUGCCAGGAAGAUCAACAUCGGGAAAUUUGCAAAUCGGAAAGCCAUGGUGCUGAUUGUCACUGAUGUUGCUGCUCGCGGAAUAGACAUCCCCCUGCUGGACAAUGUCAUCAACUACAACUUCCCCUCCAAGCCCAAGCUCUUCUUGCACAGAGUUGGCCGCGUGGGACGUGCUGGGCGUAGUGGCGUAGCCUACAGUAUGAUUUGCCAAGAUGAGAUGCCUUUGGUCUACGACCUUCACCUCUUCCUUGGAAGGCCUGUUCAGUUUGCCACACUUGAACACACACAAGAAGGUGUGUUCGGUCGGGUCCCUCAGAGUAUCCUGGAUGACGAAAGUUCUCAUCUGAUCACGGCUCACGAAAACUCCCUGGACCUGCAAAACCUGCGUCAUGUCUCGGAGAAUGCCUACAAGCAGUAUCUCAAGUCUCGACCAAACCCCUCAACUGAGUCCAUCAGACGGGUCAAAAGCACAGAUCUGUCCAGCAUGGCCGUCCAUCCACUACUAGGGUCAGGAUUGGAGAAAAUGGAGCUAGAGCGCCUUCAAAUAGUUGAUGCCAUCAAAGGCUACAAAUCUAAAUCAACUAUCUUUGAAAUCAACUCUAACAGUAAGACACAGGCUAGGGAGGUGAUGCAGGCCAAACGCUCCAAGGACAUGCGGCUGAUGGACAAAUUCAGCAAACGCAGGGACGACCUGGCCGCAGAAAGCCGGCUGCAGCAGCCCAUCAAUCCCGCCGCCGCCGCCGAUGAUUUCACACACUCCUCCAGCAAAGACGAGGACACUCUCAAGGGGGUGUUCUCUGCUAUGGUAGGUGUUAAAAGGAGAGGCCAGCAGGAAGAUGGGAAAGAAUGGCCAAAGAAAAGAAGCAGACAGUCAGGCAAAGAUGAGGAGCAUUACAUCCCCUACAGACCCAAAGACUUCAACUCCGAGAGAGGGUUAAGUCUCGGCGGAGAGGGCACUGCUUUUGAACAGCAGGCCUCCUCAGCAGUCCUGGACCUCAUGGGAGAUGAGGGAAGCCGGUUAAACCAGCACAAAAAUAUAAUGAAAUGGGACCGCAAGAGGAAACGCUUUGUGAGAGAAACAGGAAAGGAGGACCAGAAGAACAAGAUCAGAACAGACGGUGGACAGGUCAUCAGUAACAAGAAGAACAGGAAGAACUUUUAUGAGGAGUGGAAGAAAAAAUACAAGUUUGACGACGGAGGAUCUGGCUCAGAUGGAGAAACAGGAGGAGGACGAGGAGGAAAGAAGCCAGCAGGAGGUCGUGGUCGUGGUCGUGGUUGUGGCCGUGGUCGAGGUCGAGGAGGUCCUAACUUCCAGAGCCCUAACUUCCAGAGGCCUACAGGACUGCAGCAGACGCCUGGUGGCCGCACAGUGCGGUCAGAGCUGAAGACGAAGGAGCAGAUCCUGAAGCAGCGAAAGAAAAAGCAGAAGCACCAGUUCCUACAGAGUGGAGGCCUGAAGAAUCUCCGUAACAAGAACAAGCAGUGGGUCGGAGAAGUUAAGAAGUCAGGUUUUGGACGCGGUGGUCAAAAGAAGGGUAAGAUGAGGAAGAAACUCUGAGGAGGACACAGAGGGAGAACUGUCAUGGAGGGACACUGGUGUGAGAUAGUUGAGAUGGAGGGCACCGUGAGGGACUGGAUGAUGAAAACCAUUAUCUUCCCAAACCACCUUAAAUAAUUUCACGCAGUAUUUAAUGAUUGUGGAUUAAAGUAGAAGAUGAGUUGAGGAAAGCAUUUCUAGAAUGUAGAGAUGAGCUUUUCCCCUCAUUUCCUACUGAACACAGUGUGUAAAAGAAUGAUCUAAUGUUUUGGGUUUUCCUCUUUUUAUGCAUGUUGGCGGUUUUUGAGUACCGAGAUAUAAACAUCAUUAACUGCUGGCAAAAUACAAAUGUGAAUAAGGCAAUAUUUGGUGUCAUCUUCAUUUGCAUACAACAAAAACAAGUGUGUUAAUUAUGCAAUGUGUAGAUUGGUACAUUUAUUUGGAAAAAUGUGUCUUUCAUGAACAAUUGUUCUACAGCCUGUUCUCUUGAAGUUAUUCAUAUUAAAGAAGCACUGCAGAGUUUCA